CCGGCGCCAGCAGCGCCGCAGCCGCUUUCUGCCGGGCCCGCGGCAGCCAGGCCUCAGGCUGCCGGGCGGAGGCGGGCGCCGAGCGUGCUGCGGGCUGAGGUAGGAGGAGCGCUUGGUGGAUUGCUUGGUGCCUGGAUGACCAGUGGACAGUUCAAGCCGGUCCCUCAGAUUUUAAUGGAGUUGCCUCCUGCCGAGCAGCAGAAACUCUACGAUGAAGCCAUUGCUAUAGUCAGGAACCUAGACUGGACUGAUAUUGUUCAGCUGACUGCACUUGUAAUGGGAAGUGGUCACCUCCAGCAGCAGUUGGCAGGAGUAGUGAUAAAUUACCUCACCAGAGAGCUAAGUGCAGAGAUAAAGUAUGGAGAGUAAAUCUUCCCAGAGUGUGUUUUUAGACUGUAGUGAAUUUUACUCUGACAAUUGUGAUUCUUCAAUGUAUCAGUUAUUAGUUACCUUUACUAGUUAUAAAUGUAGGCAGAACUAAGUAUUACCUUGUUUUUCUUUCGUUUUUUUUUUUUUUAAAUGGAAGUUAUUUUUAGUUUAUUGUAUUAUCCUGUCACUGCCUUGCUUUGUUAUUUGAAGUACUGUGUACUGGGAUUGAAUUCAAGAUUACUGAAGGGAAUUCUGGUUCUCUUGCCAUGUAAUGUAGCACUAGGUAAAAUUUUCAAAGUCAUAGUAUUUUAUUUAGGAGAUGUAAUCCUGUUUGUAGAAGUGGUUUGAAUUUCUUCUGUGUAUGGCAUGAAUGCUAAAGUAGCUAGGGCACUUUGAAGAAUUUUACCUGACGUCUGAGUCCUACAAGGGAAAGUUGCAAGAAAUUAUUUCUACUGUGAACUCAAAAACCUCAAGCCUUUCUUGAUUCUUUGUCACAUUUUUAUUGUAAUUCUUGGGAAUUCGUUUCUGUGAGAAGAGAAUCCAAUACCUGUUUAGAGAAACUUAGAAGAACAGGUAAUGAAAGUCUACAGAAUUAGUAGUUCCUGAUAUCCUAGAACUGGAAGGUGUGGGAAGGAGACUGGUUAAAAAAAGGGAGUGAGGGAUAAGGGGAAAUCUGACAUUUUAAUACGAUUAGGAUAGUCAUUUUAGCAUUCAUUUCUCAAAUGAUUCUGAACAUCUGUUCCUCUGUUUUCAUUAAAAUAUUCCUAAGAAGCA